AUGUUCACAAAUGGAAAUUGGACGUAUGAUCGAAGUGAUUUGAACAUAUACAACAGUGCUUGUUUACCGGUAGCGUUCGAUGCUUAUACAAGCAGUGUUUCCUGCAAUAUAGCCAAUGUCUUUCCAACUGAUCUUUUUAAUGCUGACAAUGUACAACUACCACCUUCAAUCUUGAAUCUCAUUGCAGAUUAUCAGCACUUACCAACACCACCAUCAUUAUCAAAUAUAUUUCAAGAUAGUGCUCCUACACAUGAUUGGAGUGGUAUGGUUACUAAAAGCAUUCGACUUCUAUACAGUAUCAUACUUUUUUGUUCAGAUUUAACCGGUAUUGCUUGUCCAACCAUAACAUUAAAUGAUGAAAAUUCAGAUACGACAACACAUUCGCCAACUUCAGAAGUGUUGGAUUUGUCAAUGAUAAGAGAAAAAGAAAGUGAAUCAACAAUAAAAAUGAGAAUGAUGCCAUUCAACAUGUCAACACAGAUAAAUUGUCGUCCUUAUCCACCAACAAACAUGGUUGGGCCCAUUAGUGAACAUGAUCGACCCUUUGCCAAAUAUGGACAGAUGAGUGAUCAAUGUAAUUAUCAUGUAACAAAUAAUGAUUUGGCAUGGAAUGAAUUUAUUAAAAAAGGUCGUGUAUUCAUCGAAAUUGGUUUGUUUAAGUCAAAUAGAGUUCGAACGUGUCCUGGUGAUUGGUCAUCCAGUGAAUUUGUUCGUGCCAAACAGCAUCACUAA